GUAUUUUAGGGUUAGGGUUUAGAAAGGAGAGGAAGGAGCAUAGCUAAGAGAGAGAGGCGGAGAAGAGGGAAGGAGCAUAGCUAAGAGAGAGAGGCGGAGAAGAGGGAAGGAGUACAUCCAUGGCGACGCCGAUAGAGUCCGUUCAAUGUUUUGGUCGAAAGAAAACGGCCGUCGCCGUUACCUACUGCAAGCGCGGGAGGGGUCUGAUCAAGAUUAACGGCUGUCCGAUCGAGUUGGUGGAGCCGGAGAUCCUCCGUUAUAAAGCUUUCGAGCCUAUUCUUCUGCUCGGUAGGCACCGGUUCUCCGGCGUCGAUAUGCGAAUCCGAGUAAGAGGUGGUGGGCACACCUCGCAGAUAUAUGCAAUUCGACAGAGCAUCGCCAAGGCGUUGGUUGCGUACUACCAGAAGUACGUAGACGAACAGUCGAAGAAGGAGAUCAAAGACAUUCUGGUGAGGUACGACCGAACACUGCUUGUUGCGGAUCCUCGGCGUUGCGAGCCCAAGAAAUUCGGUGGGCGGGGUGCUCGUGCGAGGUUCCAGAAAUCAUACCGUUGAGGAACGAGGUUUGCUGUUGGAGAGACUUCUCUUUCUGGAGUCGAAUCGUUGGCUCACUCUUUUUGGUUCGUAUCGGUUAGGGCUUCUUUAAGGAGCGAUCCAGUGACAUUAUGCUAUGGAGUUUGUUUGAGUUUGAAAUUUUUGAACAUUGGAUGGUAUAGUGCUUUAAUUAUGCAAUGUUAGAGUUUAGAAUUCCGUAUCAAAGUGAUGUUUUGUUUCAUUGCUAUUUAUGUUUACUUGCAGUUGUAGUUGAGUAUUCUACUAACUCUUAUCUGAAUGUUUCUCGUGGAUGAGUAUCAUUGUGAUUAAAGGAAGUUGCAGAUAUGUGAUAUCCUCCUGUUUUGGUUAAGCCUGAUCUGGGGGUUUUGUGUUUCUGAGACUUUACUGGAGUCGAAUCGUUGGUUC